AUGUUGCGAAAAGAAUCGUCAGAACAUCCCACCGUUGAACAACUGCUCUACAUAGCUUUGGAUGAACAGUGUUUAAACAAAACUAAUGUUGUGUCAUUUCGUUCUACAUUACUAGGUUGGCUGGAAAUACCAUCUUUCCGUGGAGUAAUCAGUAAUUCAGCUUUUGAAUUCGCAGGACGAAUCAUGAAGCUGAUUCGUUCUUGGCCACAGCAAGCAAAGAAGAGAAUGUCGCCGAAUUGCCUUCUCCUUCACAUUUUGCUCCUGUUCUUGCUGUGA